AUGAACGAUAUUAUAAUUCGGACUAACAGCAGUGAAUACUCCGCUGGCAGCAUCAUAUACGGUGUAGUAUAUCUUCGUCUUUUGGAACCUGUUGUAGCUGAUACAGUCUACGUAUCUGUUUCUGGGAAAGAGAGGUGUAAAUGGAAGCAGACUGUCCCGGUCGUGGGGCAAUCACUCCCUCGAAGUCGAUCCACCUCUGGCGAGUCUACUGAUACUGGGUUCUGUGACAUAUCCACUGGUGAGGAUACUACAAAACCAGAGGUGGCAUUCAAGGAGAUAGUUUUUGAUGGAGAGCAUAUCCACCUCAAGGAUGAGUUCUGUCUUGUUGAAUUUAAAGAAGGAGUUAUUCCACUGGGUUGUUAUGCAUUUCCUUUCAAAUAUACACUAAAGCAAGGUCUUCCAAAUAGUUUCAAGAGGUCACCAACUUUUGAUGAAGUAAAACACGCUAUGUACGAAGCAGAAAUUGUGUACAGUAUCACAGCUAAGCUAAACAGUAGCUUAUCACAACAUGCUGCGGAUGUUCAUUGUUGCCAUGAAAUUAAAGUAAGGAAAGAUGACUUGAUGGCACGAAAAGAGACUAAUUUCAAGAAGACAGCUAAAGCUCUGAUUAGGACUUGUUUUUGCUUUCCGAAAGGGGAAAUCAUCCUAAAUGUUUCUUUGGAAAAAGUCACAUUCACUCUGGGAGAAACAAUAUUUGUGAAAUUUGAUGUUCAGAACAGGACAAAUAGUAUAAAUGUCUCACAGGCAAAGAUUAGACUAAUGAAGACUAUGAAUCUAAAAGGUAAAAGGGUAGAAGAUGGUGAAUAUAUUAGUGAAAGAAUUGAGGCUUUUCCAGAAUAUGAUUUAAUCAUUGUACCACUGGAAAUGGGGAAGUGUCAAGAAAAGUCAUUCAAUAUACCCAUUGAGUUGAAAAACAAAUGCAAUGAGCACCUUGCUACUACGAUGGGACCCAUUGUAAAAAAUAUUUAUCACCUUGAUGUUGAGCUUGAUGUCCCACUUGACAGUGAUGUCUCUAUUGUUGUUCCAGUUCAAAUUUACCCAUCUGCAGUUGAAACAUGGGAAGAGUGGACACCACCUGACUGGGUAAAAGAGGUGCAAGUUCACAAAGUUGAACAAUUGUAUGCUGUUUCUAGGCAGUUGCUUAUUUCAAAUGAAUUUUCACAAAUUCCUCUACCGUUUGCUGCACUCUAUGAUGUUUAGUUGUGAAAAAAGAUGAUUUACUUGUAAUGGAUGAAGUAUUAAGCAGUUAUAAUCAUCAUAUCUUUUAAAAAAAGGAAAGUUAAAAUCUUGUUUUUUUUAGUAUAUUAUGUUUGUUGAGGAUAUUGAAGAUAUUAUGUUAUAUGUGUUAAAUAAAUUCUUAGGUUAAUUAUUGAAUAGUAAAGUGAUCCUCCCUUUUUUGAAAUAUGUUGAAAAUUUGGAAACAUUUCUACAGUUUGAACUAGCAAAGCAAGACAUUUUUGUAAUUUUUUUUCAUGGUACAAAGAUCGAAAGAAAAAAAUGAAACAGCUUAACUUAUAAUACAGAAGAAUAUUAUCUACACGCUAUCAUUAAUUGGUAAUCAUACACUUCUUUUACUUCAAAACAUGCAGAACUUUGAUUCCUCUUUAGGUCAUGUUAAUUCUGCUAACCCCUACAACUUUUAACAAUUUAACUAUCAUCUCAAAUUUGUUCUUCUUGAUGUUCUGCUUUUAUAAUUGGGCUGGUGCUAUUAAAUCCUCUUUGCUUUUUGAUAAAAUCCAAUCAAAAGAUGUUUGUCUCAUCAGAAAAUUCAACCUUACAGAGUCGUUCCCACCUCUACUUCAAUGAUGUUGUAAAUACAUACAUAUACAUAUGAAAUUUAAUGUUGUAAGCACUGCAGCGCUUGUUUAUUAAUUUAAUUAAAAAUACUAUUUUUCAUUUA